AUGCAUGACUUCCAGGGGCGUCCCAAGCGUCACGGUGGGGACUUCCUGCUGGCCCGGCUGCAUUCCCAGAGUUGGGGAGGUGUUGCAGGACAGGUGCUGGACCACCGGAAUGGGCUCUACUCAGCCGUGUUCCCGUUACUAUGGGAGGGGUCUGUACGGGUAGAGGUGACACUGGUCCAUCCUAGUGAGGCAGUUGCUGUGCUGCGUCGGUUACGAGAGGAACAUCCCGACCGCGUCUUCUUCAAGAGUCUGUUCCGCUCUGGAUUCUUGUCUGAGACCACCGUGUGCAACCUGUGCCUGCCAACCACCCGGCAGCCGCUGUGCAAUUACACGGACCCCACACAGUGGGUAAACAUCAAAGUCCGUGUUCAUGCUUCCGGGUCUGACAGUGUCAUUGUGCAGCCUGAGAAGAAAGACAAACCAGAGAUGGAGAGCAGCAGUGUGAGAGCGGAGCCUAUCAGGGUCACUCCCUCUGGGUAUUACUUCCAAGGGUCAUGGCGGGCACUGGGUGGUGUCGCAAUGCAUCAGUUUAACGACUCCUCUGCCAUUACUCAGUGUCUGAAGGGCAAGGUGGUGUACAUGUAUGGAGAUUCCACUGCUAGACAGUGGUUCGAGUACCUCAACGCCUUUGUCCCAGAGCUGAAGGAGUUCAACCUUCACAGUCCUAGGAAUGUGGGGCCCUUCAUGGCAGUGGACAGCACCCACAACAUCCUGCUGAGGUACCGCUGUCAUGGUCCUCCAAUACGCUUCUCCACUGUUAUUGCCAGUGAGAUGCGCUAUGUAGCUAACGAGCUGGACGGCCUGGCGGGAGGCCCAGAUACCGUGGUGGUCCUCAGCGUUUGGGCCCAUUUUAGCACCUUCCCUGUAGAGGUCUACAUACGCAGACUACGCCACAUUCGACGGGCAGUGGUGCAGCUUUUGGACCGUGCCCCGGGGACCCUGAUAGUGGUACGUUCAGCCAACCUCCAAGCCCUGGACCCGGAGGUGAGCCUGUACAAUAGUGACUGGUUCUCCGUACAGCUGGACGGGGUGCUCAGGGCCAUGUUCAGGGGUCUGGAUGUCUUGCUGGUGGAUGCCUGGGAGAUGACCCUUGCUCACCACCUCCCCCAUGCUCUCCACCCUCCUCCAGUCAUUGUCAAGAACAUGAUUGACACGUUMCUCUCUUACGUAUGCCCAGAGAAGAGCUAGCCCGAGAAAGGAAAAGAGUAUGGAAGAUUAAAAAUUAGUGUGAGAUGGUGAGUGUGGCUAUGUUUACAAGAGUUACUUAUKGUGUAAUCACAAAGCUCACCUGUUUACUGCGAGCAUGGCCUGAUGUAGCCUAAGCCCUAUCUGCUGUGUACCUGCUUCCUGUAUAUGGGAUCCGCUGUUGUGAAGUGACCUAGUGUUUUUAUCAACCAUCUCACACUCACAAAUAAACCAGGAGAGAUGGGGAGAUAAACAACGGGACUGAUUGAAUCAGUCAACWAUGAACAGAUUACUGAUUUUGACCCCACCUGCUGUAUUUAAAGUUGAAUGGCCAACAGUUCAAAYGGUUCUUGUUUCAAAGGGUUAUCUUAAGAAGUGUGUGAAAAGGUUUAUGCAAUAGUUUCUGACAUUCAGUGUUUGUUUUAUGGGAAACAGCCAUGUUAUUGAAUUGUGACUCACAGAUUGUUUAAAAAAACAAAACAGAUUUCAACUAACUCUGUUCAAUACACUUUUGCAAAACUUGAAUGGAAUAUCGGCUGCCAUAGAGUGCAAUAAGUAAAUGUAGGCUACUGCAGUGCAGUAGGGAAGAUUGAGAGUGGAAAAUGCAGUAUAACAAAUGCAUGGAAAAUGACACAUUUGCCAAAUCCUGUACUUUAGACUUGCAUUAAUGAUGUUCUCACUCUAAAUAUCAAAUAUGUUUGGUUAUACAAAAACAGGAGCAAAGUGUCAAAGGUAUUUUGACAAAAGUAAAUAUGAGGAAAAUAAUACCAAACAAUGGGUUUAUGGUUACAAACCUCAAUGUGAAUCCAGCUCUGUCAUGUCAAAUAAAUCRGUUUGGUUUAGUGUGGGCCUCUAGGAAAUGCCCAAGGCAUGUCGCCACGAUUUAGCCUAKAACCUAACAGAUUAAUAUUUGUUAACUCAGUUCUGUACCAAAUCAUGUGCUUUCCUAUGUAUUCCAUAUCCAAGGAUGUUCAAAAACGUAACCCUUGAGGACUUUGUCUGCUGGUUUUUGUCAUCCAUCAAGAAGUUUACAAGCCUGAAUCAGAUGCUGAUGGAAACGGCAAGGCCAGCAYACAGUCUUCCUCCUGGCCUGGCUUUAUUCUUCUUAUCCAGUGUUAUUUUUCAAGUACUUCUGCAACAGUUUACAUCAAAAUGUGACAUUAUUUAAAUAUAGGAAUAACUUUUAUCAUGUUACUGUUUACCCUUUUUGAGACUGCCUAACAAGAGUCUUAAGUGAUGCCAUUUUGUAGCUAACGGUUACAGCAGUAUUAUUGCCUAUGCCGUGUACCACAGCUGGAAUGCUUUAACAUGUUACCGUUUGCCAAGCUUCGCUAUUGCCAAGUGUUACCUCACUUUCUACCAGUUACCAUAACAGUGUUAACUUGCCACAAUUCAAAUAUAUCUCCCAUUGAACAAUUGCAAUAAAGUGAUUGGUGAUUUA